GCUCGCUUGGUGAUUUAUAGCCGAUUACUAUUUAAACAUGCGAUGGAAGUCGAGAGAGAACGUGUAUCAAAAGCUUAUUCUACGUGCUGAACAACCAUCCAAGAAUUUCAAGACUUGGAGCAUAUAUGGCCGAAAUUUAUCGAAUUUUGGUGGAAGUUUAUGGUGAAUAUGCUGUAGCGAACGUGCGAAAAGUUAGUGGUUUUGGCUUGUAAGACGAAGAACAUUCUGGGCGGAUAAAAAAGUUCGAAGACGAAGAACUGGGAGCAUUACUCGAUGAAUAAUGGUGCCAACACAAGAAGAAAUCGUAGAGUAUUUAGUUGUCACACAAGCAGAUGAGCAAUAAAUGAACAUCAAAAUUAAAAAAAAAAACGAACGAGUAUAAUUAUAGACCCAAAAUGAUACGAUAAAGGUCCACAAAAUGGAAAAAGCAGUAAGCAUAAAGCGAAUCCGUUGAUUAUGAUUAAAAGUCUGAAUGUAUGCACACACUCCAGCUUUCAAUAAUUUCAAUUGGUAAUGAUAGAGGGAGAUCUGCUGAGGACGGAGCAACCCCACUCGACACAGGUGCAAAACAGCUGAUUAACAGCUGAGCUGAUUAUCAGCUGAACUGGUAUAUCUUUUGGCACCAAAAUUAGCGCUCGUCGCUACGGAUUGGAAUUUUUUUCUGGCCUCGCACUUGAUCUUGUCACACGCACGCAUACGUUGGCAAAACUUUUACAUAACAAUGAUAAGAUGACAAAGUAGUUUCAAUUAAAAUUUUAAGCAAAUUAACUUUCGGUGCUAUUUAAAUUUACUGUAUUUUAACCAUUGCGUGCGGAGCGUAAAUAUUGCAGAACUUUUGUGUAAGAUGUUAAAAACGGUAUGCGUGAAUACACGUUUAAAGCUUUGGGCUGAUUGUGAACAAUUGCUCCUGGCACUACAGCCACAAUGCCACUCACAAAUACGAUAUAUAAGCCCGUUGUCUGUUUACAAUAGACGCGUUGCCAACAAGGAAUUGUUACCGGAUAAGGAGCAAAAGGCAACGACGGAGCGUUUAGAAGCACUUUACAGCAGUCUCCAGAAUUAUAAACCAGUUGAUAGAAGUAGGGGUGGUGGUGGUGGUUUUUUUGGCUCUCUGUUUAGAGGUGACAGAAACAGAAAUGGCGUUGAGCUAAAUGUCGGUUCCGAGAUUCCACAAGGACUAUAUAUUUUCGGCAGUGUUGGCGGCGGAAAAACUACACUCAUGGAUAUGUUUUUUGAUGCUUGUACAGAUAUACAACAAAAGCAAAGAGUCCAUUUCAAUUCAUUCAUGACGGACGUUCACAAACGCAUACACGCAACUAAACAGCAACGUGGACCAAGUGAUAGAGCAUUUAACACGGAAAAUCCAACACCAUAUGACCCAACACGUCCAGUAGCAGACCAAAUACUAUCUGAAUCAUGGCUCAUUUGUUUCGAUGAAUUCCAAGUAACUGAUAUAGCAGAUGCUAUGAUACUUAAACGCCUCUUCACGCAUCUUUUCAAUGACGGUCUUGUUAUGGUGGCGACAAGUAAUCGUCAUCCCCAAGAAUUGUACAAAAAUGGAUUGCAACGUAGCAAUUUUUUGCCCUUUAUCGAUAUAUUACAAUUUCGCUGUAAAGUUAGCGAACUGAAUAGCGGCAUUGACUACCGCCGCAUUGCUCAAUCGGGUGAUACAAAUUAUUUCGUUAAGUCAAAGACAAAUGCUAACGCCGAAAUGGAACGAAUGUUCAAAAUUCUAUGUACUCAGGAAAACGAUAUUGUGCGUCCGCGUACCAUAACACAUUUUGGACGAGAUCUGACUUUCCAGAAAACUUGCGGCCGUGUUUUAGACAGCACUUUUGAAGAGCUUUGUGAUCGUCCACUGGCAGGUAGUGAUUAUCUACAAAUUGCACAACUUUUCCAUACAGUGCUGAUACGAGACGUACCUAAAAUGAAUUUAUUCAUUAAAUCUCAAAUGCGACGAUUUAUUACACUUAUCGAUACGCUUUAUGAUAAUCGCGUACGCGUGGUUAUCUCAGCCGAAACACCACUUGAUAUACUUUUUGACAUCACAGACAAGCCCACUGGACUGGCGGACUCUGAGCGAACGUUAAUGGAUGAUUUAAACAUUAAACAGGGUUCUAAUGAGUCAGCGGCUAACUAUUUCACAGGGGACGAAGAAGCUUUCGCUUUUGACCGCACAAUUUCUCGGUUGUUUGAAAUGCAAAAGAAGGAAUAUUGGGAACAAUGGGCUAAACACCGUUAAAAGUUUUGUAUACCGUUCGCCCAACAUGCAAUUUGGUCAGUGUUCAUUUGUACUUAACUUAAAUUUAUUAUAAAAAAUCGCAAAGCAUGUAAACAAAUUUGUACAAAAUUUGUCGACCACAACUCUUAUGCAAAACAAAAAAAAGUACGCAAGGGUUAAAAGUUUUUUCAACAAACUCAAAAUUAUAUGCCCUGUGUACUCUUAUAAAAAAUUAGUUUACUGUCUUAAGUUAACUUUAACUAGAUAAUGCUUCAUAUAUAUAUAUUAUUGUGCUUUCAAAAAAUGUUAUACAAACAUGAAAUAUUUUGAGUAUUUUCAUCGAUAUUUUGGGACUUAAAAUUAUUAUUCUGUCAAGCAAAGUUUAAUAGUAGUAUUAUGAAGCAAAAUGUUUAACAACUAGUUAUAAACUAGACAAUAUAUACUAAUCAUGGAAGUCGUAACAAUGUUAAAAAAAAAGCAAUAUGACAUGUAGCUUACAAAUAUCGAGCACAAGAUAUAAAUUUUUUAUUUCAAAAUGCAACUUUACUCCAGCAAUUAAUUUGUGAAACUAAUUUGAAUAAUUUUUAAAAUAUUUUCUCCGUUUGUAUGGCAGCUAUGUGCUAUAGUGGUCCGAUAUCGGUUCCGACAAAUGAGCAGCUUCCUAAGGAGAAAAGGACGCGUGCAAAAGUUCAAAGUGAUAUCUCAAAAGCUGACUAGUUCGCGUGUAUACAGUCAGACAUAGAUCUUCGUGGCGGAUUUAAUAUACCCUGUUCAGAGUACAAAUGUCCAUCAUACCCACUAUACAGCUUUCAUCAGUAAAAAGUUUGUACGACUCGUACAUUGUCUAGAAUAUCAACGUAUGUCGGACAUGCACACGGCGUAACUAUUUCUUUCAACUCUUGGAACAAAAUUGUUCUAAAACUAUUUCCCCAUUUAAUAUAAACUGUUUACAAUAGACAGAAUAUCAGAUCAUUGUACAUUGGCCUAACGUGGUUAUAGGACUGCGGACCAUAGUCUAGUUUCUGAUAACAACUUUUUAAUGUUAUAAUCGAAUUUGAAUUAUAUAAUUUUUUGUUAUGCACUUCCUGCACCGUACCGGAACUAUAACUCUUCAAAAAUUCAAAAUAAGUGCCUACGUCAACACCUAGAUGGCGCCCCUGGUUACCUAUAACCAGAGAACGUAUUUCAUAGAAAAAUUUAAAACAAUGGUUUACUUCAAUAAUUUUUGACUCCAACGAAAAGUACAAAAUUGUGAUUAUACUAUAAACGAUAUAGAUGAUUAAUACUGAUACUGAUAUACAUACCAAAUUAUAUGCACUAAAACUCUAUAUUACCCGAUGUAGCAUGCACAAAUGACAGCUGACUUUUUCCAGAUUCCAAUGGGAAUUGUUUAUCAAUUGUCGACCAAUUUGUUAUCAAUUCGUGUUUAUAUCCGACGAAAAAUUAAAUAUGAAAGUUAAUAAAAUUUUACCCUUUGAUGCCUCUCUUCUGGAUUGUGCAAUAUCAAAUCGCCAAUUGGAGAAAAUCGCUGUAGAAAUUUCCAAACGAGGCAGUGUAACAGGUCUUAAUCAGGUAGUUUGGGCAUUAAAAGCGUUAACUUUAACGGACUCGACAACGUUGGGAGGCCAUGAUACGGCAGCAAACGUGCGAAGUCUUUGCCAGCGUGCUGCAUUUCCUAUACCAGAGCAUGUUUUGUUAGAACUUGGAGUUGAACCGGCACUUCUGCCGCAUUUACACACUGCUGCCGUAUGUGUAUAUCCAGCUCGUGUCGCGAAUGCAGCAGCCAAAUUGAAGCAAUUAAAUAAGUACAAUGAAAUACCAAUAGCAUCUGUGGCAACAGGUUUUCCGGCUGGGCAGUAUGGCUUGGACACCCGCUUAAACGAAAUCCAAUUUGCUAUGGAGUCCGGAGCCACCGAGAUUGACAUCGUAAUCAAUCGUCAAUUAGCACUUGUGGGUGAUUGGAGAGGUGUUUACAGUGAAGUGUGCGAAAUGCGAAAGGCUUGCGGCGAAGAAGCGCAUUUGAAAACCAUACUCGCUAUCGGUGAACUUGGCAACAUGGAGAACGUUUACAAAGCGUCCAUUGCCUGUAUGCUAGCUGGAGCUGAUUUUAUAAAAACAUCUACUGGAAAGGAAGCUGUUAAUGCCACUCUACCAGCUGGUUUGGCUAUGAUAUAUGCUAUUCAAGAAUUCGAACGCCGAAAGGGCAUUCUAGUUGGUCUAAAACCAGCCGGUGGUGUACGCACUGUGCCCGAUGCGAUUGCAUGGCUAACUCUCGUAAAAGAAACUUUAGGUCCACGUUGGUUGCAACCCAGUCUUUUUCGCUUUGGUGCAUCUGGUUUAUUAGAUAAAAUAGUAGAAACUGUUAACGGGCAUAUCACCAAUUCGCAAAGUGGUUCCGAUUAAUAAACAUUUUGAUAUUGAGCAAUUUUAUAUUAAAAAAAAAAUUAUUAAAUAUAUGAGCGACUAAUUUUUAUACAUAUGCACGUAUAUAAAGUCGUAUCUAAUAUCUAUUAGGAUAGAAAAUUCUACAACACGAGAAUGUAGUAAUCUGUUUAUAGUUACCUUCAAAAUCAAGUUAA